UUCGUUGGCUUUUCAUUGAGAGUUUUUAAUUUUAUGAAAAAUGUCGGAAAAAAAUAAAAAGCGAGCAUUUACAUUGCAUGAAAAAUAUACUAUAAUAUGUGAAAUUGAAGGAGGAACUUCCCAAGCUGACAUUUGCUUGAACAAAAACCUAAAAAAAACAGACUGUUUCGAACAUAUGGAUUAAUCGGGAAAAAAUUAAAAAUGAUAGGAAAGUCAACGACAAGAGAAAAAAAAUAAGAUUUGCGACACAUCCUCAAGUUGAUGAAUUACUGUUUAAAUGGUUUCAGCAGAAAAGGGCCAAUAAUUUUCCAGUAAGUGGUCCAAUGCUAAUGAUGAAAGCCAAUGAAUUCGGAGAAGCUGUCGGUGCUAAUUUUAAAUGCAGUUCCGGAUGGCUAGACAGAUUUAAAAAGAGGCAUAAUAUUUGCUUUGGCAAAAUUUGUGGUGAAUCGGCUUCUGUGGACCAAAGUGUUACAAAUGACUGGCUAUUACAAACCUGGCCUACAAUAAGUAACAAUUAUUCCAUGGACAACAUUUUUAACGCGGACGAAACGGGAAUUUUCUAUAAGAUGCUGCCUGACAAAACACAUAAGAUGAAGGGUGAAACAUGCAGUGGUGGAAAAAUGUCUAAAGAAAGAAUAACUGCCAUGAUUUGUGCUAAUGCAUCGGGCACGGUAAAACGGAAAUUAUUGGUUAUUGGAAAAUAUAACAACCCCAGAUGCUUUAAAAACGUUAAAACGUUGCCGGUAGAUUAUUGUGCUAACAACAAAUCCUGGAUGACUUCUCAGACCUUUACUGACUAUUUAAAGAAAUGGGAUUGUGAACUUAUAAAAGCCAAGACUAAAAUUUUGCUAUUAGUAGAUAAUUGCCCUGCUCACCCUCAAGUUCAUCUUCACAACAUUAAACUACAUUUCCUUCCGCCUAAUACUACAUCGGUUCUUCAGCCUAUGGAUCAAGGCCUCAUUAAUAGCUUGAAACAAUCUUAUAGAAAGCAGCAUCUGAUGAAAAUUAUGGACCUUCCUGAAGAAGCAAACCCGACAAAAGCUGUGAAUCUUUUAGAUGCUGUCAAUAUGUUAAGUGUUGCAUGGGAAAGUGUCUCUAAGGAAACCAUAAGAAACUGUUUCCGACAUGCUGGUCUGGUAAAAGACAUUCCUGAUGGAUUAGAUUUCGACCCGUAGGACGAUGAACCUUUAAGCAAAAUUAUCGAAAUUAAUAACGUAGUGGUUUUAAGCAAGUUUGAUGAAUAUUCAAGGAUUGACGAGAAUAUUAUAGCCACAGAAGAACACUCAGACAAUGACUUAAUUCAAGACUUUCUGCAUGAGCUUGAAGAAGACUCCGGUGAUGAAGAUUUAGCCAGCCCGAAACUAUAAUAAAAAUAGAAGACGCUAUGAAUUAUUCUAGGAAACUGAAGCUAUAUUUUUGACAAAAAGAGAAUAGUUCAGAUGCAAUCAAUUUGCUCAAUAAACUCGAAAUCAAACUACAAAUAGAUUUUGCCAAUAAGGCAUUCACCCAAAAGAAAA